GAGUGUGCGGUAAAUGCGGAGUGCGCGUGUGCGGUUUGUUGCGCGUUUGGGCGCUCCAACGGCGAAGUAAAUCUCGUCAGCGCAGGAAAAAUGGUUGUGCUUACAACUUUUUGCUUAUAUGCUGCAAAGGAGUCGGCCAAGCGCCCACGGCUGCGUGAUGUGAGGCGUUUCAUGGAUCGCCUGCGCCUGAACAUCCACGGUGGCACAGGCGGCACGGGAUACCCCCGCUACGGCGGCAUCGGUGGCGUUGGUGGCAGCGUCUACUUGAAGGCCAUCGACAAAAUGGAGUUGAGGGACGUCGUCAAAGACUACCCCGACAAGCGCAUCAAGGCAGGUCACGGACAGAACAGCAAGUCAACACAAAUCCUUGGCCAACCAGGAACUGACAUCACCGUCAAAGUGCCUGUCGGAGUGUCUGUCUACAACGGCCAGAAUCAUUUGAUUGGGGACCUCAUCAAGCCUAAUGACAAGAUCUUGGUGGUGCGAGGGGGCCAGGGGGGCAACCCCAGCAACCAGUACCACGGACAGAAGGGCGAGGUCGACAACAUCACCCUCAGCCUGAAGCUCAUUGCAGAUGUGGGCUUCGUGGGUUUUCCUAAUGCUGGCAAGUCAACACUCCUGAGGGCACUGUCAAGAGCAGCACCCAAGGUUGCCAACUACCCUUUUACUACCAUCAGCCCAAACAUUGGAAUCAUGGAAUAUGCUGACCACCGGCAGAUCUCCCUUGCUGACUUGCCAGGGCUCAUCGAAGGUGCUCAUCGCAACUUUGGUUUGGGCCACAAGUUCCUCAAGCACGUCGAGCGGACAAGCAUGCUGCUUUUUAUUGUUGACAUCAACGGCUUCCGCCUCAACAAUGCAUCGUUGCACCGGAGUGCAUACGAGACGGUCAUGUCCUUGAACAAGGAACUAGAACUGUACAAAGAAGAUCUCCUCUCUAAGCCAGCCAUUUUGGCUGUGAACAAGAUGGACACCGAGGGGGCUAUGGACAAGUACGAAGAGCUUUUGGAGCAGCUUAGAAAAGCAAGACAGUGAGUUGUUUGUUUGUUU